AAGGUAAUGCUUUCCAAGGUACCUCGCAGCCGCGCUCUGCCAUGGCAGCAGGCCUAGUAUCCUAAUGGGGCCCUUCCUUCCAACGGACCGAUAUCAAUGGCUUCAUCCUUCCGUCGACUGGAAUACUCAAUCAUGAGCAUGGGAGCGAACCUGAUAUGCGCCUCUUGGAGAAUUCCCCGCUAUGCCUCUUCCUUCGUAUCAACAACACAUCACCAUCCAGCAGCAGUCAAUCGCCAUCUUCCCAUCCAUCUCGGGUACGCUACACACUUCGCUGUGCCAUUGCUCGCCACUCGCCUCCAACUUCUUGGAUCAGCUCCAUAAGUCUCCUCUCGGGCUAUUUCCCUUUACGCUCGCAACCUUCGCGUAGCUACCUACCGUGCCUCGAACUCAUCUCCGCCGCGCCUAUUUGCGUCCACCAUCAAAUAGGCUCCCUACAGCUUCGCCACUGUUUACCGGUCCUUCUCAACAUCGAAUCAGAUCCUCAGAUUGGGGAGUUUCUGCGGCAGGAUCUCUGCUGCUGUUUCACGCCCACGAAAAUGGCAAGCCGUCAUUCCAAUGUCCUUGGCCGACUAGUCGACAAUCAGGUCGAAUACAGCUUCAUCCCACGCCACCCCAUCAAAUCAGGCCCCGGUCUUCACCUGAGCAUCCAGUCGUCUCUUCCAUAUCGACUCAACCGACCCAUGCGUCACGUCGCUUUCUUUGGAGCAACGGGGUACACCGUGUUCAGGUGUCUGAUGCAUGCUCUUCAGAAUACCUCGAUAUUCUGCCAUGUUUACGUCAGAUGCGAGUCAAGUCUUUAGGAGAUGUUUUGCGACGCAGAUGACUUCAAAAUGGAACACUUCGGCCGCAUGAAAAUUGUUACGGCAGACCUGAGCCCAGAAACUGCAGCCGAAGUCCUCUUCCCAGAGGAACUCCGAGGAGAGCC